UUGUGUCGAAUAUUUAUCCGGACCGGGAUGUGUCGACGUCGUGUGUUUGAUCUUCCCACUCUCUACGGUACGGUUAAGGGUUUUUUGGUAUAAAGCGGAGAGGUAAUCUGAAGAUCAGCUGUGCUGUUGUUCUGGAUUUGGAAUUAGCGGUCAGGCGUUGCAUUACUGUGCUCUCUCGUGCCGCGGAGGUGCGCUGUGGGUGUAGAUGACGAACACGUCCUAGGAAUUUUAUGUCCGUUUGAGGAAUGUGAGCGAGAUUACUCCGUUUGAGCGUGGUCGGUAGCAAGUGUAACGGGGGAGUGGCUGGGAUUGUGGUGAUUGAAAGCGGUAAGGGAAGUCCGAGAAAGUGGGUAGCAAUCUUGAGAUCAAAUGGUGCGGAUGACGUAGAUCAUGUGAGGGAGACCGGGAGGGAAUGCAGCGGAGGGGACGGGCAAUGCUUGUGUGAUGGUAAUGUCAUAAGGAAAAGCUAGGAGACUGAAGAAAAUGUGGUAGGAGUCAGGACUAGCGUUUUUGAACUGAAGGGGACCGCAUAGCAGAAGGUGGGGAUUUGUUAUAUUUAAGGGUAGCGAUAGAAUCACCAACCAUGGUCGAGGGAAGCAAGAGUUGCAAUAUGGUCUCAUUAGCUCAAUGUAGUGGGAUAAAUGCAAGCGGUGCUCGACACUUGUUUUCUUGUGGUCCAAGUCGAGUUGUCUGGAGCUCGACAUUAUCGUUUGCGCAUUCGUGUUCAUAUGAAAGAAGGUAUGGAAAGACAGAGGAUUUACAAGUUUGCGCAAUCAGCCAACAAGGUAGUCCCUAUGUGCAGGUGCUUACGGAUGAAGAGGAGAGGCUGCGUGACAUUCAACUUGCUGCCGAAGCGGCAACAGCAGCCUUGGCGGCAGAUAAUGAAGAAAUCCUCCGACUUGACAAGCAGGCUGUGAUUGAUGCCGAAGCGCGUCUGUUUGUCCCAACUUAUGUGCGGAGCCCUGUAGUCUUUGAGAGAGGAGAAGGGUGCAAACUUUAUGAUACAGAAGGCAAGGAGUAUCUGGACUUGGCAGCCGGCAUCGCUGUCAACUCCUUGGGACAUGGUGAUCCUACAUGGCUGAAAGCUAUCAAUGACCAAGCGGCUAAUCUUGCACAUGUCAGCAAUCUCUAUCACACCGUGCCCCAGGUGAAACUUGCCGAGCGUCUAGUGAAAUGGUCCUUUGCAGAUCGAGUAUUUUUUACGAAUUCUGGAACUGAAGCCAAUGACGCUGCAAUUAAAUUUGCUAGAAAAUAUCAAACAGUAAUAAGCAAUCGAAAAGGCGACACCCGAUGGAUAAAAUUUGGAAAAUUGAGACCUGCAUCCGAGCUUGUGUCAUUCAGCAGUGGCUUUCAUGGGAGAACCUCAGGGGCUCAGUCCCAUUUUAGCAAACUCAACCUUGAGCCCCUCGCCCCAGGUGCGCACUGCGUGGAAUUCGGAGAUCUUGAAACAACUGCUAAAGCAAUUCGACGGGAUCGAACGGCUGCUGUUCUUGUGGAACCGAUUCAAGGAGAAGGAGGAGUGCAUACCGCCUCUGCAGAAUUCCUCAGAGGUCUCCGUCGUCUUUGUGAUGAGGCUGGGGCGCUUCUUAUCUUCGACGAGGUUCAAUGUGGUCUUGGAAGAACGGGAUUGCUUUGGGCACACCAAGCCUAUGGAGUCCAGCCUGAUAUGAUGACGCUUGCUAAGCCCUUGGCCGGUGGACUUCCUAUUGGGGCAGUUCUUGUCACAGAGGCUGUGGCCUCCACCAUUUCUGCAGGUGAUCAUGGCAGUACAUUCGCCGGGGGACCCCUUGUGUGUCAGGCUGCCUUAUCUGUGUUGGACCGCAUUCAGGCACCAGGUUUUUUAGAGCAUGUUGCUGCUAAAGGUGGUCAUCUUCGCGCUCAACUAAGAGAAAAGAUCGGCACAAAUCCCCACGUGAAAGAGAUUCGUGGGGUGGGUCUACUAAUCGGCGUUGAGUUGGAUGUGCCUGCAGCACCGCUUGUUGAGGCAGCUCUGCAGGCAGGUCUUCUCAUACUGACAGCUGGGAAUGGGUAUGUUGUUAAGUUGGCUCCGCCUUUGACCAUAUCUGAAGCUGAGCUCAAUCGAGCUGUGGAUAUCAUUGCGGGAUGCAUGUCUUCCCUUUUUUUAAAUUUGUGAAUAUCUGAGAUCGCUCUAGGUUAGAUAUGUCGUGGUAACACCAAUAGUGAGCUGUUGCAAAAAGCAAUGUUGCAGGCCACAACAUGAUGUUUAAGAUCAACAUCAAUUAACGAUUGUAACAAAUGGAGCCCUUUAGUUACCAGGAUUUUUUUGGGGCUUUGUGUAACCUUUCAGUGGAUUGACAAGUGCUGUUGAAACGCAAUUAAGUUUGCUGGUACAGCCAGUCCAUCUUUCAUCGGUUUCUUUGAGCUUAGCAUUCAGCAGUUAAGAGAGUGAAGCCUACAGCUGGUCAAGGCUGUGGCAAGAUUGGUUCAUUGUAUUGUCCUUAUUCAGCGUGCAAAUGUGCUUCCUGAAUGAAGUGAAUUCUCUCAGUGAACUGUUUUAUUUCUGUAA